AUGGCGGUUGAUGACAAUCUCAUAAAGAUGGUGGUUGUUGAGGACGAACUCGACAUUGUUGUUGAGAUCGUGGAUUGUGAGAAAUUUCUCCUUAUCAAUGACAAUAGAAAUUGUGAUGGCAUGCUUCAGCAUCCGGCUGAUUCUCCACAAUGGAAAAAAAUUGAUGGGUUAUUUCCAGAUUUUGGUAGUGAGGCAAGAAACCUUAGGCUCGGACUUGCUUCAGAUGGAAUGAAUCUGUUUGGCCCAAGUCAACCAGGAAAUGACUUAGAUGUUUACCUAAGUCCCUUGAUUGAGGACUUGAGAAUUUUGUGGGAAGAAGGGGUUGAUGUGUUUGAUGGAUCUCCUCAACAAAGUUUCAAGUUGCAUGCAAUGAUAUUUUGUACUAUUAAUGAUUUUCCAGCAUAUGGGAACUUGAGUGGAUAUAGUGUUAAAGGACAUCACGCAUGCCCUAUCUGUCAACAACAGACAAGCUACCUACAACUAAAGCAUGGAAAGAAAACUGUUUACACUAGGCAUCGAAAAUUUCUCAUACCUAAUCACCCAUAUCGGAGAUUGAAAAAAGCUUUUAAUGGAUGUCAAGAACAUGAAAUUGCACCGAUACCCUUAACUGGUGAGCAAGUUUAUGAUCAGGUCAAGGACAUAAAUAUUAUCUUUGGAAAGAUCCAAAAGAAGUUAAUUGAGAAAAAAUUGUGGAAGAAGAGGUCUAUAUUUUUUGAUCUUCCAUAUUGGCGCCAUCUAGAUGUUAGACACUGCAUAGAUGUUAUGCAUGUGGAGAAAAAUGUAUGUGAUAGUGUAAUAGGCACACUUUUAAACAUUAAAGGCAAGACAAAGAACGAAUUUAAUGCUCGUCAAGAUUUAUUAGAGAUUGGUAUACGUUCACAAUUACAUCCAAGGUUAGAAGGUAAGCAUACAUAUUUGCCUCUAGCAUGUCAUACUUUGUCAAGAAAAGAGAAAACAAGUUUUUGUCAAUGUCUACGAGGUGUGAAAGUUCCACAAGGAUACUCUUCAAAUGUUAAGAGCCUUGUAUCAUGGAACGAUCUUAAAUUGGUUGGCUUAAAGUCUCAUGAUUGUCACGUCUUGAUGCAACAACUCUUACUUGUGGCUAUACGUGGCAUUUUGCCUAAUAAUGUCAUAAGUGUGUUAACUCGUUUGUGCUUCUUUUUUAAUGCUAUAUGUGCUAAAGUCAUUGACCCUAAGAAGUUGGAUGAGUUGGAAAAUGAGUCUGUUAUUAUCCUAUUCCAAUUGGAGAUGUAUUUUCCUCCGGCUUUUUUUGACAUCAUGAUUCACUUGAUUGUUCAUCUAGUUAGGGAGAUUAGACUAUGUGGCCCUGUUUAUUUACUAUGGAUGUUCCCAGUUGAGUGUUACAUGAAGAUUUUAAAAGGGUAUAGCAAGAAUCCAUACCGUCCAGAAGCAUCUAUUGUUGAAAGGUACAUUGCAGAAGAAGCUAUUGAAUUUUGUUUAUAUUACAUGUCCAAAGCAAAACCUGUAGGGAUUCCUAAGUCUCUUCAUGAGGAUAGAUAUGAAGGUAAGGGUAAAAAGGCCAAAAAGUUAAAUUCAUUCUUCGAAAGGAAUUACUUCAAGCACAUAUGUAUAUAUUGA